AUGCUCCCGCUUCUGCUCUCCGCUCUAAUCGGCUUCUCUCUUGAAUCGAACCCUUGUGAUGUCGGUGUGACCCACGUGAAAUCGGACACCAAGUUGCCUUCGAACUGCACGUCAAUAAUUGGUCGAUUUUUAAUCGAUGGUUCAUCGGAUGUCGACGACGAAGCGUUGAUCAGCAUCUUCGAGAAUGUCGCGUCGAUUGAAGGCGUCGUCGAGAUCCACAAGUCGAAAUUGAAAUCGGCGAGGUUUCUCGGUGUGAUCGGCGAGCUCACCGGCGAUCUGCUCGACAAGAGCCUCUCGAUUGUCGACAACGCCGAUCUCGUCGACAUCGACGUCGGCGCGUUGCGAUCAGCCGACGCCUACGUUCGAAUCGUCGACAAUCCGAAAUUGAAUUUGACGAACGCUUGCAAGCGACUCCACAACGCGUUCGGCAAUCGGCGAAUCAUCGCCGGCAACGCCGAGAAUUGCGGAUGCAGCGUCAACGGACCACUGACGUAUCCCGAAUCCGUCGACUUUCCCGAAAAUUGCACGAUCGUCUACGGGCAAUUGCACAUCGACAAAAUUCCGCCGCCGUUCGCGAUUCUCGAUCGCCUACGAUCGAUCAAGACGAUCUAUGGAUCAUUGAUGAUCACCGACACGAAUUUGGAGACGCUCGGCUUCUUGGAGAAUCUCGAGACGAUUGAAUCCGACAAUCAAGCCGAGUACACCAUCAAAAUCGAGAGCAACAAUUGGCUCGGCCGAAUGGAUUUGUUGCGAUUGACGAAGGUCGCGUCGAAGAAUCCCGAAUCACGCAUCACCGUCUAUAAUACGAUGAACGUCUGCUUCGAUCCCGAGCUUCUCGAGUUGUUCGUCAAAAGCGGCCUGCGAUUCGACGUCUCGACCGAUUUGUCGUUUUGCGAUUUGACGAAGAUCCGAAAUCCAACCGGCUAUUGUAGUGGUCCGCUUCACGAGGUGCCCGAUCGUUGCCUCUACUAUGUCGGCAACAUCGAGUAUAGCAUCGCCGACGAAAAUUGGUACGGCGAUUUCGAGCCGAUCACGGUGCCCGACGCCGAUCUGACGAGAAUCCAGCAGUUCGAGAAGAUCUUCGGAAUGAUCUCGAUCCGAUUCAGCGACAUCAAAUCGUUCAGUCUUCCAAAAUUGAAGGAGAUCUAUAGUCUUGGAUGUGUUCGCGAUUCAAUUAUAUCAUCAUACGGCUUCGAGACAUUCUAUUUCGUCAAAAAUCUAAAUAUGACGAGCUUCAAGACACCCAAUUUGCAGAUCGCCUUCAAGAACAUUUAUCUCGAGGAGAAUGGAAAUGUGCAAAUUUCGAAGAAGGAUUGCAAAAAUUUCGAAAACGUGAAAAACGCGGAUUUCACGGCAACAAUCGAUCGAUUUCGGUGUGACCCUUGCGAUGUCGGUGUGACCCACGUGAAAUCGGACACCAAAUUGCCUUCGAACUGCACGUCAAUCAUUGGGCAAUUUUUAAUCGAUGGUUCAUCGGAUGUCGACGACGAAGCGUUGAUCAGCAUCUUCGAGAAUGUCGCGUCGAUUGAAGGCGUCGUCGAGAUCCACAAGUCGAAAUUGAAAUCGGCGAGGUUUCUCGGUGUGAUCGGCGAGCUCACCGGCGAUCUGCUCGACAAGAGCCUCUCGAUUGUCGACAACGCCGAUCUCGUCGACAUCGACGUCGGCGCGUUGCGAUCAGCCGACGCCUACGUUCGAAUCGUCGACAAUCCGAAAUUGAAUUUGACGAACGCUUGCAAGCGUCUCCACAACGCGUUCGGCAAUCGGCGAAUCAUCGCCGGCAACGCCGAGAAUUGCGGAUGCAGCGUCAACGGACCACUGACGUAUCCAGAAUCCGGCGAGUUUCCUGAAAAUUGCACGAUUGUCUACGGAAAACUGCAUAUCGACAAAAUUCCGCCGCCGUUCGCGAUUCUCGACCGCCUACGAUCCGUUAAAAUCCUCUACGGAUCGCUUUGGGUCACCGGGACCAAUUUGGAGACGCUCGGCUUCUUGGAGAAUCUCGAGGAAAUCCAUUCAGACGAACGAACCGAGCAGACGAUAAAUAUUGAAAGAAACGAAUGGAUCGGCCGGUUGGAUUUAUUGCGGCUUGAUAAAAUUACCUCGAAGAAUCGGGAAUCGCGCAUCACAAUUUAUAACGUGAAUCGAAUGUGCUACGAUCCGGCACUUCUUCAAAUCAUAAUUGAAAGCGGCUUGAAGCUCGAAUUGGGAACAGAGGCGAAAUUUUGCGAUUCUGCAAUGUUUCGAGACCCCUCACUUUUCUGCACGGGACCCAUCAAAGAAGUCCCAGAGCGUUGCCAAAACUACGUCGGCAAUAUUGUCUAUCAGCCAACCAAAGAUUAUUGGUACUACUAUGAAUGCGAGUCGAUUCGAGUGCCCGACGACGACAUGGCGCGAAUCCAAAAAUUCGAGCGGGUGUUCGGCAAAAUCGCAAUAUCGUGCAGCGAUCUCGAAUUUCUCGAUUUGCCCAAUUUGAAGGCGAUCUACAAUAUUCAAGACGGCGAGGCGAUGGUUAUAACGAAAAAUGCCAAUCUGACCGGCUUCGAAACACCAAACCUUGAGUACGCAUUCAAGAGAAUCGUGUUCGAGGAGAACGGCAAUUGGACAAUCUCAAAGCAAAUUUGCAAGAAUUUCGGAGGAAUCAAAAACGAGAAAUUCUCUUCAAAAAUCAAUGAAUUCAGUUGCGAAAGCGAUUACGAGUACUAUUUAAAUCUGAUGCAAUCAUAA